UGAUAUCGUCUUAUCUCCACCAGUUCAUCACCAAAGCAUCACAUCCAUAAACAGUAGAAUUACUGACUGUAGAAGGGAAGCAAAUAUAGACGGCACAUGCAAUGCACCAUUCAUGAUUCAUCGCCACUGAAGGACCCCUAUUGCAGAGCGAUCAUCCCCUCCCAAACAUCGAACAUCAAAACAUCGCUUCAUCAUUCACUCAUUCUUCUCUCACCGACUGUCGGAGCUAAAGUUCCCAAGGCUGCGUCGCAUCGAGAUCGUGAUGGAGGGGAGCGAAUUUGGGGGUCAUCGCCCUCUAAAACGGACGCCACUUUAUCUGUGGGGAAACGCGUGAGCUUGAUGAUUUUUUGGUGCUAGGCAUGGGUGUUACAAGACCUUGGAAGAUAAUAUCUCUUGUGUCAUUAUGGUAUUCAUAUUACUCGCAACUCUCCCGUUUCUCUUGAGUCUUCCUGUUUUCUACUUUUUCAUGGUCUUUUUAAUACAGGCCCGUGAUAAUUUUGAGCUCGUUGAUCCAAAUCCUCCUCCUCCAACAACGUCACCUAAUAUCUACUGUGACGAGACGGCUUGAAACACCAACGUAAUAAUCAAGGCAAUGCCUCCACAUUCAAAUUCUCCUCUGCUUCCCAUCUCCACGCCCACAGCUAUCGCAUCGCCGUAUGAGCAACCACCACCUCCUGCUCCUACAGCAGCGAACCAUGUUCAGCGCUUCGCCAUCACGACUUUCUCUCUCGCCCGUUUCGCCCGCGGUGUCUCCUUAAUAGCAUACCCACGGUUUGGCCUCUGGGCCCUCGAUAUCGCACCUGAUGGUUCAGCAUAUAUGCUCGCUAGUCUAAUUGGCAUUCGCGAUAUUCUCCUCUCGGGGCUUUUGUACACGAGCGAUACUACAAACGCUGCGACCGACUCGGCUGCUCGUCGCGAAGUCACCCGUGCGCUUGCGACGAACUUGUUCAGCGAUGCGCUCGAUGCGUUUGUGCUGAUAUUCUACGCUGCGUGGUCCGAUGAUUGGGGAAAUCCGAUUGCGGUUAUUGUCAUCUCUGCUGUCAUGGCCAUCUUUGAACAUCUGACGCUGUGGAGCUUGAGCGAGGAUGAUUGGGCUGCGCAUGACUAUGGGAGUCUGGGCGAUGAUAAGAAGGCGAGGAUGAAUGCUUGGCUCCGAGAGUUGGAACGUUGUGGCCCAGAGACGUAUCGACCUGAACAGUCUGUUCCGCCAUCAUCGCGAGCUUCGUUCAGACAGUAUGGAGCUAUUGUUUAGAUGUUGAUGAACUAUGGGUUUGAUGAAAAGUUACGGCUGUUGUGUCUAUUCUGCGUGGCGUUCAUGGCUUGUCUGCAUCUGGGUCGUUGUCAAGAUGGUUGAUUGUUUGGAGUUGGGAGUGCAUGUUGCAUGGUGAUGUUUUCUGCGAUGCAUCUGGUCAUGCAGUUUAUACCUUCAAUACCAUUGCUUUUGAGUUUAACAUUUGUUGUGGGCGGGGACUACUAGAGGUGAAUAUGUCUGGUCUGUGUUUUCAUAUGCUACAGAGGUGAUGGUAAACUCAUCGUACCGAGCUUUGAUAUAAACGAGAACUCUUAUAAACCUUGUCAGGCUUAUCAGUGUCACUCAAAUCCUCUAGAAGCUCGGCAAAUCAAUAAAUGGCGUUAGAAUCCAUAAAUCUCAUACGGAC